UCGUGGACAGUUUUCAGUCCUGGAAAAGGGGGAGGCUGUGCUUUUUCCCCUUAUCUCCUUAUCCCGAAGGCUCCAAAAACACAUGUAAUUUUUACAACCCAAAAACACAGAAAAUAGAGAAGAGCAUAAACAACAAGAAAGAGAGAGAGAGAGAGAGUGAGUGAGUGAGAGAGAUGUGGAAUGGAGAGGAAGAAUGGAAGGUGCCUGAAGUGCUGAAAUGCGAGGGAAUAAGGGAGCUUCAUGCAUGGAUGGAGGAGGAGUGGGACUCAGUGGAGAGAAGCUCUUGCCAGACGGCGGCGGGGAGGGCGCUGUGGAAGCACGUGAUCAAAGACCCGGUGGCGGAGAUAUUGGCCGGAGAGGCCCACCUAAAGACCCUGCAUGACAAGAUGAGGAGGGAUAAACAAAACAAUGCCCGCGAGAUAUCGGGUGUGGUGCUUGCGGUACGCACCCUCUGGUUCGAUUCCAAGCUCGAAGCUGCCAUCAAAUCCUUUGAUGGAGCUGAUUCACAAGUUGUUCUUUUAGGAGCAGGAAUGGAUGCAAGGGCAUACAGACUCAACUUCUUGAAGGACAGUAGGAUCUUCGAAGUCGAUCUCCCGAAACUCCUCGACACCAAGACGGCACUCAUAGACGCAGCCAUGAGGCAACAAAUGGAGCCGCCCCUCACCUUAAUGGCCAAGUCUAUGACCAGAGUGGCGGCAGACAUCCGAGAGAAAGAUUGGCUCGAAAAACUCCAAAGAUGUGGUUUCAUCCCUCAGAUGAAGACUAUCUGGAUACUGGAAGGUAUCCUUUACUACCUGCACCACCUCCAGGCGUUGGAGGUCCUCCGCUCGAUCGGGGCCAAUUGUAGCCUCGCACACACUGUGUUACUUGCUGACUUCAUGAACAAGUCAUUAUCAGAGGAACCUAAGUACCACUUCUAUAGCGAUUGGCCCGAACACCUCCUCCCCACCCUUGGCUUCUCCCAUGUGAACCUCUCUCAGAUAGGGGACCCCGAUGCCCACUUUGGUCUGUUUCAUGACCCUCUCAAUCUCUUCAACAAAUUACGAUGCCUCCCUCGGUCUGUUCAGAUUCAUCCGGAAGACGGCACCCCUUGUCGCCGGCUCUACCUGGUCCAGGCCUCUGGCUCCCCCACAACCCAACAAAUAGAGUGAUGGUGAGAUUGGACAAGGGAGGGAACAUCAAAUUGUAUGUGCACAGAGAUCUAAUUGAGUACAAUCUCCACCAUCCAACAAUACUUAGGGACAUGAGACUUUGUGCUGAAUUUCUGCCAUCAGGAGGAUAUCUCAAUAAUUUUAGCACCAGAUGGAUGCUUGGUAAGAAAAUUUAGGAAUGAACAUGGAUAUGUUUUUUCUUUUUCUUUUGAAAGUUGGAAGUAAGAGACACUUUUUUCCAAUUGGAAGUAAGAGACGCUAUGCUUGUGAUUAA